CAAGCCAUGGGCAUCGCCGACUGCAUACUCUUGGCCGUCGCCCCGAUUGGCGCAAUCACCACUGUCGUGAGCGCUAUCCGAGUGGCCGGCCCGGCAUGGCUGAAGUCGUUUAUUGGAAGAGCCAGAGAAAAUCUCUCAGCAGCAGAGAUCGAUGUCAUGUCAUCCACGUCCAAGGAGGCAUGCGAGCUUUGGAACGGUCACAGCGUCGUCAGAUGUCCGGGAUCGGCCGAUAUAUAUCAGUUCAUCUGCCUUCUGCCAAACGGGAGUAAUCCCGACUCUUUAUCUCAAAAGGACGUUCAUAUUCGGUAUGAGAAACUGGAGGAAGUAGAGAAUAAAAUGAUUCUCCAGAAGAUCGAAACUGCUGGUCCAAGAUAUGCUUGGAGAUCGUUUAAAAAAAUUCUAGCACGGUUUUCGAAUAACAUAAAGCGUAGCUGCGGAAAGCUGCUGCGUUCUUCCGCUUCAUCUUCCCAUAAUCGACCACGGAUAAAAAGAGAACAAACUAUGUCGUCCUUCGAGACGGAUCUAGAAUCCGGAGGUCAGCAAAAUGAAUCCAGCACCAGCACUCAAAUAGAGGUCAUUGCACCUGAAAGCACAAAGAACCCCACCGUGAUCAGCGGUGUUCCUGUGAUUCGAAAAAGAGACACUGCCAAGACCGAUUCUAGCAAGACGACCUCGGGAAAGACUGACUCUGGAAAGACUGAUACCGGCACCACAUAUUCCGGGCUUUCGCAAUCUGACAAGACAGACAAGAAGGAAAUGAUUGUUGUUGUUGAAUCUGAUGAGAGCGCACCGAACCUUCUCCUCAAUUGCCACGAUAGAGUCGAACGAGGCGAAAUCUAUCUUGCAGCCUCUAUCGGCGUGAUACUACAACUUGGUGCCCUUGUAUAUUUUGGUUUCAUCACCUAUCAUCAGCCUAUCAAGGGCAAAUUCCUGAAGGAUGGCAAGAGAGUCGUCGACUAUGCUUUUCCAUGUGCCGCUGGAGGAACCCUUCUCUUGGUGCUCGGUCUUUUUAUGUGCGCGUGGGUCGUUGAAAAGAGCACAGCAGAGACGUGUUAUAAAGCGGAUAAACAUCAGAUUUUUAUCGUAUGGUUGCAAAAGCAUCAUACUGUGGCCGAGCAAGUCUUUAGGCCAUUUGCAAUCUACCCAACUAGGAAACGAAAAUAUAUCACAAUGUCCCGCCGAAAUAUCAGGGAAAACGUGCAAGAGAAUCCCACCGCGGGCCAUAGCGAGAAGGAUGUCGAAGAUACAAAGGAGAAGGACGAACAGACUCGGGAAAGAAUUUUGGAGAAUGUAACAUUUACCGGUGCUCUCAUUUCGCUCGUUGGAUUCAUUGGACAAUUUAUUGGAAUGAGAGGACUAAAUUGGACAGCAUCAGUCUUACAACUUGGCAUUACAAUUGUGGUGACAAUUAUAAGGGUCAUUGUUCGACGUGGGCUCGGAAAAUCUCCGAUUCGCACGCGCUUGAAGUCAAAAUCCGAGUUGGAUUGGUUUGCUCUGAGCUUUGGAGAUAUAAAAUCAGCUCCCUGGGCGAUAUUUGGCGAUAUUCCUGGCAAAGGGACGGAAAAUGAUGCUUCGAAAGAGGACAACUCUCCCAGGUGGCGUGUCCGCACCGGAGACAAGCAGACAUAUCCCUCUUUGAAGCUGGUCGAUGAUAAUAGCCGACAGAUUGAGAAAACAUCAAUGGCACAUAAGAUGAUGGUGGCGCGACAAGAACUAAGAAAGCUUUCCAAGUGGAAAAGUCCGGUCCGUGAAGAGGCUGCCUGUUUAACAUCUGCAAUUGAAGCCAUUGCUCAAACAUUUCUGGAAGAAUUGCCGGAAGAAAAUCAUGUGUGGAGCAUUCCAGCAAUUUAUAGCGGGUUACGAGAUGAAAGAGACGAACAUGUCGAUAUAGAACUUGUGAAGAACAAAGACAUGAAGUGGCAAGUCAAAGAUGGAAGCGAGAGGAUCGAAGCCAUUCUCUCGCUAUGGUUGUACUCGAAUUCACCUACGAAACUUUCUGGUGGUUAUCAGCCUCACCAGCUGCGGCUGUAUGGAUCAAGUGAGCAUCAGAAGCGCUUGUCCCGAGAUCUUCAUUGGUGGAUGCCAGAAGUCAUCGCGGAGAUGUCUACACAAACAAAAGCUGAGGUAGAUGAGAAGAAAAAGACCGGCACGACAGUGGUGGGGUUCACUUCAGAAGGACCACCCGAUAAGUCUACAGACGAAGACGGAGCAGAUACGGAGUAUCUUGUUCUUGAGUGCCAAGAAAAACAAGAAAGGCUUUUCUCUAAGGACUUGCUAUUCUCCUUCUUACGCGCAGUCGCAAAGAUGCCUGAAGUCACCAUCUCAAGCGCGUCGAGCAUACAGCAGAUGAACUAUAGCAAGAUGACAGAGGACUGGAAAGAACUGAAAAUUAAAAACGACACCAUUUCCAACUUGGCCAGGAAGCUGGAGAAGAUCGGAUUCGGGACGCUAUCGGAUAUAUACUUCGAUCUUAUUGUACCCUUAAGCCUCGAGCAGAAACUUAGCAACAUCAAGAAUGUCAUCGACGACGCUACAAAGCAAGCACAAAGGUAUGAACGAACAUGCCAAUGGAAAAAAUUAGUUGAUAGCUGUACUUCCCUUCUCGAUUUGGCUAUACAAUUUGAUCUAGCAAAGGAAUCGUCUGGUCCAUUGGCCAUAGCUGUGUGUCUAGGGUUCCUCAGCAGGCUGCGUCAUGAAUCUGUGCUUCAAAAGGCGGAAGGGAGAGAGGAAGAGGAACUUACCAAGCAAUUGAACAUUCUAACGACAAAAUUGAAGGACGACAGAUUCACAAAGCAAGCUAAUAUCUCAAUACCGACGAGGCAGCUAAUGAAGGAAUGGCACUAUGCUAUGCCCUUUAAUACAAUAAUCGGUCCUGCAGCAGACAACAUGAGAUCAUUACCAGAGAGUUUCCAAAUCACGGCUGAUCACCAACAGUUCAUGCAAGAAGUCGAGUCGGAGAAAACUCUAUAUUUCUGGGACUUUGAAAAGCUCGAAAAGACAGACGCCUUCGGCUGGUCGCCGCUUCAUUAUGCUGCCAACUUACAAGCUGACAAUAUGCGCAUAGUUUUCCGUAAGGAAAAAGAAGCUCUCAACCUUCGAGACUUUAUGGGAUGGACGCCGUUGCAGCAUGCUUGUCUUGUGGGCAACGAGAAAAUAGUGGACAUCCUACUUGAUCGCGAUGCUCCAAUUGAGAUUGCCGGAUAUGAUGGAAUCACACCAAUGCAUUGUGCUGUUCGGAGUGGAAAUGCCGAUAUUCUGCAAAUGCUGGUUGAUAAGGUCAAAUCAGGGCGCCAAAAGUAUACUGGAAAGGGCGUGGUCCACGUGGAUCGCAACGAGAGGCAUCCAAUUCACUGGGCUGCGGUCAGGGGAGACGUGGACUCAGUCUGGCUACUAAAGGAUGACAUUAGCCUCAAGGAUCGAUUUGGUUGGACCUGCCUUCACCUGGCCGCGAUUUAUGGCCACGAGGAGUUACUCACAUGCAUCAUUGAAGAUUGCGGAGCAGAUAUCAAUAUCGGCGAUAAUGAUUCCCGUACGCCUCUGCAUCUCGCAAUCGAAAACAAGUCUCUGCCAGCUAUCCCUUUGUUGAUCAACGCUGGCGCGGACGUCAAUGCCAAAUCAAAGGAUGGCUCAACUCCGCUUCACAUAGCAGUUAAACAGGUGGAAACUGUACAGCUACUUCUAGAAAAUGGUGCCGAUAAGGAAGCAACCGAUCUAGAAGGACGCACGCCACUCUAUCAAGCCCUGGCAGAUGGUACAAUUGAAAUCGCUACACUUUUAGUGGACAAGGGUGCAAACGUUACGACUGCGGCAAAGGAUGGGAGAACACCACUACAUAUGGCGCUUAGUCUUGGGACAAAAGGAUUCAGCAUUGCAAAGAGACUUCUUCAAUCUGAUUCAGCUACAGCCACUUCUUAUGCUCAGGCUAAAGCCAAAGACGAAGCAACUCCACUUCAUAUAGCAGCAGAGCAUGGCCCAUCCGAAGCUAUAGAGCUGCUACGUGGACUUGGAGCUGAUGUUAACGCACUGGACGAUUUCGGACAAACGCCAUUGCUCAUAUCAAUCUACAAGAAGAAAUGGGAUAUCGCUGAACUGCUGAUCAAAGGUGGUGCCGAUGUCUAUGCUGACAAAAGAGAGGGAUACGCGCCCCUACUUGGUGCGGUUGCAGGAGGAAGCGAUAGAAUUGUACAACUACUGUUGAAAGCCAAGGUCAACGUUGAUGCCGUCGACGAAGAUGGAUAUUCACCAUUGCAUCUUGCGGUCUCCCAACAUGAACUCAAUAUCCUUCAACAGUUGUUAAAAGUGGGCGCGAAAAUCGAUGCUGUUAGUGAGGCUGGUAACCAAACGCCAUUACACAUUGCUGUUCGCAACAAGUACAGGGAUAUUGUAAAGAUCUUACUCGAUAAGGGAGCCAGCACCACUUUAUACAACUCGCUUGACUUCUCGCCGCUACAACACUCGUUGUAUAUCGGUAACCUUGAGCUUGUACAAGACUUUGUUGCACAUGACAAGAAAGCAAGCGUGAAAGCGGUGUUACAAAAGGGAAAAGACGGUAAUACUCCAAUGCACACCUUGUGUCAAUGGACCUAUUACGAGAGCGAUGAAGAAACCAUGCUCAAAAUGCUCGAUGAACUUUUAAGCAUUAGCCCGGAGAUUGACAUCAACGCCAAGAAUGAUGAGCAACUGACUCCGUUAGAUUUGGCAGUUAUUAGAGCGGGGGAUUAUCGCAAUUUCGUAUGCACGUUGGUGAGAAGGGGAGCCACGUCAGGUUCGGAAGAAACAUCAAGAGAGUUUUUAACAUGGAAGAAGGAUAUGGGUAUUAGCGAUGAGAUGCUUGGAUAA